CAACAUCUUCUACUUCGUUCCCCAAUUGAAAGAACAUCUGUAAAAAGUCCGGUUCUGAGCAUUUUAACGCCUAUCAAUGCAUAUCUAGCCAGUUAUCCCUUUCUGUUGAAAGAUCAAUUGCGAGCGCAUUACCUAUUUUGCGAAGAAAUUCCCGGGCUGCCCAAUCUGUUCGCCGUGUUAUGAGUCAUCAAAAGUGGAAUCGUUGCUGCUGCCUGGACGUGUUUAUAUUUAUGUCAAAAUCAUCUUCGCACCUCCUCCCUUUUGCUUAGGUUGAAUUGUUCACGGAACGGUGGACAAUCCCUCAAAAGAACGCUCUGUACGCGUAUCAAGUCUUCAAUACCUCAAGACCUACUGCCAGCAAUGUCCUCAAACUCCCUGGAAACCCCAGGCAUUCCUGUCCUCGGUGAUGCUCCAGCAGAUGCCCCCAAACACAAAUUUAUCCUUCGACCUAUGCGAUUUUCGGACAUUCACACACUGGGAGUCUACACUGCUGAAGCCUACGCCGGUACCCCAGUCAUGGACUUUCUAGCUCAAAAAGCACACCACGAUCACCAUAUAUUUAUUCGUGGCUUCCGUCAGAAUAUUUGGGAGCGAAUUACAAGCAACCAACAUCUCAACCUGGUGGCUUGCGUUGCUUCUGAUCCCAACACUCCUAUCGGCUAUGGGCAAUUUGUUCGCAAGGGCAAUGCUACGAAUUAUUCUCAAAGCUCCGGAGUUGAGAAAUGGAUAAUGCUCCUGCUGUCAUGGGUCAUCGGGGCGUAUUUCCUGGUGGAGCAUCGGUUAUGGCCCAAUCUGACUUGCGAUAAAGACGCAUUGAAGAUGUUCGAAGGGUCUAGUGGGUUGGAUACCAAACGGUAUUGGACAGCUCACCCGGAACGCGCCAACAGAUGGCAUGCUCAGAGUAUCAUCGUUGCUCAAAAAUGGCAAGGAAAGGGGGUCGGAAGACUCAUUCUCUCUGAAGCUCUAUCUCGAGCGAAGGAGGAAAAUGUGGUCAUGGGUCUUACAUCCAGUCCGAUGGGUGAAAAGCUAUACCGAAAAAUGGGCUUUCAAAUGCUGGGUGACUAUACCUAUAGGGUUGGUGGUGAUGUUGGAGGCGGGAUUAUGAUGUGGUCUCCUCAGGGCACGGAAGAUGUCAAGUCGAAGUGACAACACGGUGAUGAUACCAAAUAGGCCAAAGGUAAUGAAUGAUGGUUGUAGGGCAAGCUACGAACUAAGUUCAAACUGUAUUGGCUCUCGAUACCUUCGAAUUGUUGAACCAGCUCAUGCAAAGUUGUUUUGGCUCUUCUGGAAAGUUCUGGCGUUAUCAUGCUUUCACAGGUCAGUGCUUGCACGAUGUGAGGUAGGACUUCUAGGAAGUUG